CUCUCUCUCUCUCUCUCUCUUAUUCCCUUCGUCUCAUUCGGUUUCUCUCUCUAUCUCUCUCCCUCUCUAGACUCUUUCUCUCUCGCUCUGUUUCUCUCUCUCGGAGAGGACGAAGACGACGAAGAAGACAACAAAGAAGCACAAAGAUAUGGUGUCAACGCGUCGCAGCGGAUCUAUAUCAAACAACAACAGCAACAACAAACGAUCAUCGUCUUCCGAACAGAAACCCCCGUCCCCCAAACGCCAAAAGGCUGAUAAUGGUGGUGCAUCGGAGAAAUCGACGCCGCAGGAACCUUUGCAACAGCCGGUGGUAGACAAUUCGAAAGAAUUUAGUUCGCCAACGGCGCUGGAUCCACCUGAAAAUGCCGCAGCAAGUUAUCAACGGAAAGAUGGAAGCGCCGAAGGCGAGGCUGUUAGUGCUGGGAAGCCGGAGGCGGCUCCGGCUGCAUCCGUCGUCACUCCGAUCGCUCAAGCAUCGGUGCCCAUUUUAGGGGAGAAGCUGAGAAGUUCAUUCUCUUCAUGGAAGCAGCAAAAUCAGAGCUGUGAGAUGGCCACACCUUGGUGCAGGCUUCUUGCUCAGAGUCCAUCGAACCAAACCAUGACCGUUUAUACAGCAAACUUUUUAGUUGGAUCAAACAAGAAUGCUAAUCUUUCCAUCAAGGAUAUAAGCGCUAUUCUUUGCACUAUCAAGCCUGAUGAGCUCGAAGGUGGUUCUGCUGUGCUUGAAAGCAAAGGAAGCAAGGGAUCUGUGCAUAUAAAUGGGAAGAGUAUUAAGAAGGGUACAAACCAUGUUUUGAAUUCAGGAGAUGAAGUUGCUUUUGGUCCUCCUGGGACUCAUGCUUAUAUUUUCCAGCAGCUAACAAGCGAUGUGUUGUUAAAAACACAUACAUCCAAAACGCUGCAUACUGAAAGACGUGCAGGGGACCCAUCAGCAGUUGCAGCUACAAAUACUGGAAAUGAUAGUGCAUCUGAAAUUGGAGCUACCAGCAAGAUCACGCCACUUGGCAGCAAUCUAGAUCCUAGUAUUGUUGAAACAGGAAAUGUAUUGGAAACAAGGGAUUCACUGCCUCCGGUUCCAGGGAUGUCUAUAAGAUCUGCAAUGUUGAAGGAAGAGAUUUUUGCAGGGAUUAUUGAUGGGAAGGAAGUUGGAGUUUCUUUUGAUGACUUCCCUUAUUAUUUAAGUGAGAACACAAAAAAUGUUCUUAUUGCAGCUUCUUAUAUACAUUUGAAGCAUAGAGACCAAGUUAAAUAUGCCUCUGAACUACCAACUGUGAAUCCUAGAAUCUUGCUUUCUGGGCCUGCAGGAUCUGAAAUUUAUCAAGAGAUGCUAGCAAAGGCACUUGCUCAUUAUUAUGGUGCCAAAUUGCUUAUAUUUGAUAGCCAUUCGUUUCUGGGUGGUUUAUCACUGAAAGCCGAGCUAUUGAAAGAAGGAAGCACUAAGCAAAGCACCAGCCCUAGUGAAUUGGAUGCUCCGGGGAAUGAAAGUGUUUCUGAGCCACAACAAAAAAUGGAGGUUGACUUUGUCCCUCCAGUUGCAGGAACCUCUAAAACCCCCACAUUCAAAUUGGAUGACAGAGUGAAAUAUAUAGGUCCUACUUCAGGAGCCAUAUACUCUUCUUCAAGGGGUCCUACUGCUGGAGCUCGUGGGAAGGUUCUGCUACCUUUUGAAGACAAUUCUCUCUCAAAAAUUGGUGUGAAAUUUGAUAAAGUCGUUACUGAUGGGGUUGACCUUGGUGGACUUUGUGAUGGGGGUUAUGGAUACUUCUGCUCUGCUAAUGAGCUUCGAUUGGAUUCAACUGGGGUUGAAGAUCUGGAUAAAUUGCUCAUUACCACUUUGUUUGAGGUUGUAACCAGUGAGAGUAGGAAUGUUCCUUUUAUUUUGUUCAUGAAAGAUGCAGAGAAGUCGAUUGUUGGGAGCUCAGAAUCAUAUUCAACAUUUAAAACCAGGCUUGAAAAGCUACCAGACAAUGUUGUUGUUAUUGGUUCACAAACUCAUACAGAUAGUCGCAAAGAAAAGUCACAUCCUGGUGGUUUGCUUUUUACAAAAUUUGGCAGCAACCAAACAGCUCUUCUUGACCUGGCUUUUCCGGAUAGUUUUGGGAGGCUACAUGAAAGGGGGAAGGAGGUUCCGAAGGCGACUAAGCUUUUAACCAGACUUUUUCCGAAUAAAGUGGCCAUUCACAUGCCUCAGGAUGAGAACCUCCUUGCCAGUUGGAAACAGCUAUUGGAUCGUGAUUCUGAAACCUUAAAGAUGAAGGGAAAUCUCAACAAUCUACGUAAUGUUCUUAAUAGGACUGGUUUAGAAUGUGAUGGGCUUGAGACGUUAUGCAUCAAGGAUCAGUUGCUUACAAACGAAGGUGCUGAGAAGGUUGUUGGAUGGGCUCUAAGCCAUCAUCUAAUGCAGCACGCUCAAGCUGACCCAGAGGCAAGACUUGCUCUCUCAAACGACAGCAUACAAUACGGUAUUGAAAUUCUCCAAGCAAUUCAGAAUGAAUCCAAGAGCUUGAAGAAAUCUCUCAAGGAUGUUGUAACGGAAAAUGAGUUUGAGAAAAGGCUUCUAGCGGAUGUGAUUCCUCCUAGUGACAUUGGAGUAACAUUUGAUGAUAUUGGAGCAUUGGAAAAAGUUAAAGAUACGUUGAAGGAGCUGGUGAUGCUUCCUCUACAAAGACCCGAACUUUUUUGCAAGGGCCAAUUAACCAAGCCAUGCAAGGGUAUCCUUCUGUUUGGGCCUCCUGGAACUGGAAAGACUAUGCUUGCUAAGGCUGUGGCGACGGAGGCUGGUGCUAACUUCAUAAAUAUAUCCAUGUCAAGCAUCACAUCAAAGUGGUUUGGUGAGGGUGAAAAGUACGUGAAGGCUGUGUUUACGCUGGCUAGCAAGAUUUCCCCGAGUGUUGUGUUUGUGGACGAAGUGGAUAGCAUGUUGGGGAGGAGGGAGAAUCCGGGGGAGCAUGAAGCAAUGAGGAAGAUGAAGAAUGAAUUUAUGGUGAAUUGGGAUGGUCUGCGCACAAAAGAUACAGAGAGGGUUCUUGUGCUUGCAGCCACAAAUAGACCUUUUGACCUCGAUGAGGCUGUUAUUAGAAGGCUCCCCCGUAGAUUGAUGGUGAAUUUACCAGACGCGGCGAAUAGAGCAAAGAUCUUAAAGGUAAUACUGGCAAAAGAAGAUUUAUCUCCUGAUAUAGAUUUGGAUGCAGUGGCUAGCAUGACCGAGGGAUACUCUGGAAGUGACCUAAAGAAUCUAUGUGUAACUGCGGCGCAUUGUCCGAUUAGAGAAAUCAUAGAAAAGGAGAAAAAGGAGCAUGCUGCAGCUAUAGCAGAAGGCAAACCAGUCCCAGCUCUAAGCGAGAGUUCUGAUAUCCGGGCUUUGAACCUGGACGACUUUAAAUUUGCACAUGAACAGGUUUGUGCGAGCGUGUCUUCCGAGUCGGUAAACAUGAAUGAGCUUGUGCAAUGGAACGAGCUGUAUGGAGAAGGAGGAUCAAGAAGAAAGAAGCCUCUCAGCUACUUCAUGUGAUAAAAUACACAUUCUACUACUCAUGUUCCUUUGUACAAUCAUCAUCAUCAAGUAUAGGAGGAGGAGGAAGAGGCUCUUUCUUUCUUUUUUAACUUAAAAAAUAUUCUCUCUCUCUCUCUCUCUCUCUCUCUCUCUCUCAAGUAGUGAGUGGUCUCGGUCUCUGUGAGAUGGUUGGCAUAAAAGGCUGCAUCAUCAUAGUUAUCAUCAGCUUUUGUUUUGUUUCUUUACCCCAUCUCCAUCUCCAUCUCUUUUUGUCUUUUUUGGUUUAUUUAUUUGACACCAACUGCUGCUGGAUAGGAAUAAAAGUUAUAUCAAUCAGUCAAUCAAUCAAUCUUGUGCAUAUCUA